AUGGGUAAGAAGCGACGCGCCGACGCCAUCGGCCGGGACAGCCACGCCGCCAAGAAGCUGCGCCCGCAUCACCAUCCCACCACGACGGCUCCCCCCAAGCCCACCAGACAGCAACAUGAGCAUUACAGAGCCGCAAACAGAAAGAAGCAAUCCAUCCUCCGAGACCUCCUCCCCAAAGCUGGGAUGAUCUACCCCUUCGCGAAGACCCUGAUGAAGCGCCCGCGCAGCGACGUUGCCGUGCUGAGCGCCAUCAAGAACGCCCUCGACACCCCAACCCUGUCCACGGCUCUCCUCGACGACAUCCUGGCCGCCAUCUUCCACGAGGCAACCGACCUGCUCCAGCUCCUCCAGCAGCAGAAGAAAACCUACCACCACCACCAUUACGACGAUGGGCUCAACCCAUUGGCAUUCACCGCCCUCCUCCGCGCCCGCCCGGCACUGCACGAGCCCUGGACGCGCCGCUCGGCAGACCUGUUCGCGCGCCUGUUCCUGACCCUGCGCGCGGCGCGGCUGGCGUGGCGGGCGCGCCCGCGCCCGCCGUUCGACGUCGGCCGGCACUGCCGGCUCGCGCGGGCCGUCGACGCGUUUGUUGCCGUCGAGGGCGUGCUGGAUUGGGCUGGGCCCGGGCUGGCUGAGUGGUUGUGGGAGUUGGACGUCCUAGCCCGGCUGGGGAGGACGGCGGGGAGGCGAUGGAGGUGGAGGCUGAACCGCGAGGCAUCCCCGCCACCGCCGGGAAUGGUGACGAUACCGGUGUCGUCGCACGAGGUGUCUCCGCGCUGGACAUUCGGAUAG